GGCGGGGGCCGGGCCGCGGAGAGCGGGCGGCGCCCCGCUAUGGCCCUGGGUGCCGGCAGAAGCGGCGGCGGCGGGGGGCAGCGGCGAGCGGCGUGAGCGCGCCGGGGGCCGGCCGCCAUGGAGGGGAUGCUGUACAAGUGGACCAACUACCUGAGCGGCUGGCAGCCUCGUUGGUUUCUUCUCUGUGGUGGUAUCUUGUCCUACUAUGAUUCUCAGGAAGAUGCCUGGAAGGGUUGCAAGGGAAGCAUACAAAUGGCUGUGUGUGAAAUUCAAGUUCAUCCUGCAGAUAACACACGAAUGGACCUGAUCAUCCCAGGGGAACAAUACUUCUAUCUGAAAGCAAGAAAUGCAGUUGAGAGGCAAAAGUGGCUGGUUGCGCUAGGAACUGCCAAAGCCUGUCUGACAGACAGCAGAACACAAAAGGAAAAAGAGUUCACUGAAAGCACAGAAGCUUUGAAGACUAAAAUGUCUGAACUUAGACUGUACUGUAACCUUCUUGUUCAGCAAGUGCAUAAAACUAAGGAAGCCAGCAUUUCUGCUGUAUCAGAACCAGAGAGUGGGAUUGACAUGGGAGCCCUGUUGAAAUCAACCUGUGACACCUUCCUGAAGACUCUUGAGGAAUGUAUGCAGAUUGCAAAUACUGCCUUUACUUCUGAGUUAUUACAUCAGACCCCUCCUGGAUCGCCACAUUUAGCAGUUCUCAGAACUAACAAGGUAAAACACUCGCUCUUGUCCAGUCACACCUCAACAGAAAGGCAGAUGGAAUUGAAUCCCUGUGAAAAUGGCUCUGUAAAAGCAGAAAUUAACAAGCAAGAGCAAACCCUUAUAAAAAGUCUAUCAUGUUUAAACUUGGAAACAAAUGAGGGGAGCAGUGAUGUUUCUGUUGAGGAUCAUAUAGAAGAUUUGGCAGGCAUUAAAGAAGAUGGAGAGAACAAGCUGCAAGCUGUAGAAAACCUUGAUGCCCACAGGUUGCUGCAGUCAGAAACAAAUUCUUUAAGUGGAUUGACUCUGUGUGAGGAAGAUGAAAAUGAAAAUGGGUUUCCUACUUUCUUCAGUGUCAUGAGCAAUAGGUUCAGUGAUAUUGAACUUCAGGAGGAAGAGGGCAUACCAACAGAAGAGUUUCUGGAGUCAUGUUAUGCAAUUGUGCCCGUUCUGGACAAGUUGGGACCAACUGUUUUUGCUCCUGUUAAAAUGGAUUUUGUAGGUAACAUCAAGAAAAUAAACCAGAAAUUUAUAACCAACAAAGAAGAGUUUGAUACCCUGCAGAAGAUAGUUCUCCAUGAAGUCAAUGCAGGUGUAGCACAAGUUAGAAACUCUGCUACAGAGGCACUCCUAUGGCUGAAAAGAGGCUUAAAGUUCUUGAAAGGGUUUUUGACAGAAGUGAAGAAUGGAGAAAAGAAUAUCCAGACAGCUCUGAACAAUGCUUACGGAAAGACAUUACGGCAGCACCAUGGUUGGGUUGUCCGUGGAGUCUUUGCGUUAGCUUUAAGGGCAGCUCCAACGUAUGAAGACUUUGUAGCAGCUCUGUCUGUAGAAGACUGUGAUCCUCAGGAGGAAACAUUUUACAAAGCAAUGCAGAGGGACCUCAGCAUUUACUUACCAGCCAUGGAAAAGCAGCUAAAUAUCUUGGACACUCUCUAUGAAGUACAUGGUUUGGAGUCAGAUGAGGUGGUAUGACUACAGUAAGACAACAUCUUAAAACUUCAGGGACUGCUUCUGUUAACAAAGAUUUUUUUGAACAUCAUUUCUGUUCACUGUAGCUUUUCAGGUGGGAGAGGUGUGGGCAUUUGGGGGAAAGGGCGUGUAUGGUUUUUAUUUCUUGUUGUGCUUGUUUUGUGUUUAAAUGCAGAGGUACAGUUUCUUUUUGGGUUAUAACUCUGUCUGUGAUGAAUGUUUUGGACUGUUUCUCACUUGCCUCACUCCCUGUUCCCUUCACCUUGUAAAAGUAGCAGAGCAGAAUUUGCCCUUUGCUUCCACGCUUUGUGUGGGAGCCGCACAUGCAGCAGUGUUGUGAUGUCAUGUGGAACCAAGCAGGCACUGCUGGCUCAGACUCUCCCGUGCCCUGUGCUGCCCACUCUACUGAGCAUUGUUGUUACCCUGGUAGCAGAAGAGAAGGGUGGUUAAAUGCCAGCUUAACAGGUAUGCAGUGAGUUUUUACCUUAUUUUGGGUUUAAGCUUUUGUUUUGUUUUGUUAGUGCAGCAUCUCCACAAAUAUUAGAGAUCUUCACCAUGAGCACAUGGCUGGUGAUCUGAGCUUCCACUGGGAACCAGCCUUGGAAACUAGCUAUUGUGUUCUGUUCUGUCCCAGCUACCUGUACGUACUGCAUUUUCCCGUUUGGCUCCUGACAGUGAGCCAAAUCUAAAGGAGAUUUCCCCAAGUGCCCUCCACAGCAAGAGGAUGCUUCUGCCCAUAUUGCUUGAAGUGAGCGUGCUGCACCAUAUAUUGUGGUGCAGGAAGGAAAAGUGUAUGCAUGACAAGAGGAGGGAAGGCUGUGAGCAUGGUGUGCCAUUCUCUCUGCACGGGUACCACUGUUGUUUCUUCUGCCCAGUGGUUGUCCCACUGCUGGGGCUGGUGAGCCAGAGCCUCAACUGGCACAGACUGGCAGAGCCCAGCGGGUUUCAACAGCAUUUUACACAUGCAGUUGAAAAUAUGUCCAUCAUCCUGGUUUACUAAAGUGGUUUUUUUUCUGUGUUUUGGGUUUAGGAUUUUUUUAAGUUAAAUUCACACAAAAAUAUAUUUGUUUUUAAAUUGCAUACAGGUAGCAGUUUAAAAAGCUGAUUUUAUUGAAGUCCUUAGGUUGCUAUUAUGGGCCAAGACUUCAUGAAAGUGAGCAAGAAAUAGCAAAGCCUAGGGAAAGCUAGAAUUUAUCACUGAGUUGUUGCACAUUAUGCCAAUUGCAGACCUUAAAAUCUGAAAUUAUGCAGAAGUGACUUGGAAUUAAGAAGGUAAAAUUAGCUCUUUUCCCCCUUUACUGAUGCAGAUAAGAAUGUGCUCCUAAUAGCACUGUGAAGUGAUAAAGAAGUCCGUUUAGGUAGUUUGUUAUAGAUAGAUGGUUAAGGACGAAAUUCCUGCUUGUGUUGACGAUUAGAAUACUGUGAGUUACUGCCAGUUCAAGGCAUAAGUGGGUCUUGCAGUAGUGACACAGGGCUUUGGAUAGCUUUGCCCAAAGAGCUGAGUCUUCCUCAUGAGGAAAAAAGACUGAUGGUACGGAGGUCCUUAAAGUCGGCGAAUCCUUGUAAAUACGGAAGUUUCAUUGUCACCAUACUCACAGGGUAAAUACUAGCUUUUGCUAGGCUAAAAAAUGCAUUCUGACUAAAAUGAAUGUACUGCAGGCCUGCUGCAUCAUUCUGAGAAAGCAGCCUCUCUGCAUACUUAAUACUUGAUCCUUUCUAAGGAGCCUAGUGUUGCAGGCUUUAAGAAAAGCAUAUGAUGAGUGAAGAAAACACCAAAUGACACGCUUAGUGCGUAAAGCAAGAUAUUAGAACUGUAAUUAGGCAUUUAAGUAGUAUGACUUUCUUGUUCCUGUCGUCUUCUCUGAAUUGUGCCUAUCUGUAGUUCCAACGUGCACCAGGAUAGAAUCAGAAGGCUGUAGGGUUUUUAGUACUUGAAGUUUUCUUAUUUUAAUUAGAAUAUAUUUGUUUGAAUAUGAAGUCAAAACUUUUGACCAAAGCUCCAUUCAAUUAUUUCUCUAUUUGCAGUGCUAAAAAUGAAGCAGAGAACCUUUGGUUUAUGACUGUCUGCUUCUUUGAAGUAUGAAUGCAAAAAAACCUGUACCUACAGCAGAACAACCAGCUCUCCACCCCCUGAGGUUUCCUCAGGGUUUUCAGCUAUUAUGUGGCAAAGUUUGCUAUAAGAGGUCUUAGUGCUGUGAUAGGGUAACAGAGACUGCAUUGCCACAAAAUAGCAGGAGUGCGUGGGGAGAGCAGGAAGAAAUCGGUCUUUUCUAAAAAGUAAUGGUGAAAUCAUGAUGAAAAUUGACUUCCCUUUUUUUACUGUAAGCUUUUCCAGUAGCAGGAAAACAGAUCUAGCACUUAAAGGCUUGGAGGUUUUUUGAUUUUGUUUCAUUUGUUCUGCUUUGUUUUUUUCAACUAGCGAGAGAACCACUGGCUUGUUAGUAGCGCGCCAAGCCCAGUAUUUGAUACAAAAAGUAAAGAAGCUUUAUUUCUUAAGCAAGGAACUUAACAGCUUCAUUUGGCCUCUAGCUUCCGCAAUUACUAACUUCUACAGUUCUUUCUUCUAACAAAUAGGAAGCCAACUGCAGUGCAUAUUCCCUAAUUAGCGUGGCAUCCUCCUGCAGAGCAGGCUUUUUAGCUUUGCUCUUCUGUGUAAAGUUGGUCUUUCUAAACUCUGGAAUUGGUGCUUGGGAACGUUCUGCAAAGGUGGUGGCUUCAGGAGACGUCGCUGUCCAUGUUGUUUAAUAGGGGACUUGCGGAGAUGGAAUUGAGCAAGAUCACCUUGCCUUCAAAACCAGUGCUUCUUCAUGCACUGUUCUUGCAGGAUGUUGAGCACUUUAAGACUUACGACUGCUAUCUUUUCAGUCAAACCACCACUGAGAAAUCUAUGCAGCAUGUUGCAAAGCUGAACUCCAAGUUAUACCAUAAGGAUGCAAUAGACCAGAUUACUACACGUAAACAAAUACGCAGCUAGAUGAUUAGCCUCUUAUUUGGCAAGCAUAGAGGAUGGUUCUUAUUUUUAGUAAUUGUAGAGGACAAGCAACUAGCUUUUGGCCCUCAAGUUUAGAAUUGGAGAAGAGGUGGGUGGUUUUUGUUUGAUUUAUUUGGCUCUUUGAUUAGUGGUGGUGGGUUGGGUUUCUUUGCUUUUGUUUAGUGGCUGACAUUUAUAAACAACUGACCGGUAUACACAUAGCAGUCUAUGUGACUCUCAGAUAACAGCACCCUUGCUCUGUAUACUUUGUGUGAACUGCUUUAAUUUCUUAAACUGCACUAGUCUGAAGUUUUUGUGUCCCUUUCCUUUAGAAGUGCUUUCAGCUGUUUCCUUCAAUGUCCAGCAGUUGCAUAUUCUCAGGGAUAUUACUUAGCCAUGGGAAAAUAAGAGUAAUCACAGCCUUACCCUAGGAGAGUCAGACUGCUUUUUGUGAAGUAAGUACAGCUGGGUAUAGAACUCUGAUACAGCUCAUGACAUGGACAAAGUCUGUCCAGUGCACGUCCUUGCUGAGACAUGGUAAAUCCCAAAGCAAUCUGAAAGAAAGUGCUAUCUAGUGCCGAAUAAUGGCUGUCAGCAUAUUUUAGUAGAGACCAUACACACAUCUUUGUAAUACAGAGCUAUUGGCAUUAGAGCAGAGUUCCUAAAUGAUUUCAGUGGAGUUCUGCGUAGCAAUGGGAGGCUUUUAUUUACUUUGUAUUUCUUUUUAAGACAAACUGUGUUUUGAAGCCCCCUCUGCUAUUUUAAGGCACCGCGCUCAGUUGCACACUGAAGUUCUCUGACAUUACAAUUUUAGAGUAUGAACUGCAUACUCAAGUGCUUUAGCAUUAAGGUCUCAUUGAAACAUUUUGUCUCGAUACUGUUGUAAUAUGGGUCUCCCUUCAACAAAUGCACUUAAAGUUAAGGACCAUAUACCUUCACUGACAAACCUUUUGUAAAGCAUCAUCAGGAUUCAGGUUUCAGUCGUUUGCUUUAAAAAUGUUUCAUAGAUUGAACAUUGUCACUUGCUCAGCUGGCCACAUAGAAGUAUGCUCAAAAAUGUGCUCCAGUUGUUUGCAAUGUGCUUUGGCAAAGGGACGUGGACCACUGUAGAGAAUGGUAUUACUUGUGUGCUUACGCUGGAGCCUCUUACCAUCUCUUUUUAUCAUCGAUUCAGCUUUUGUGAAAAGCUUUAAAGACCCCUAAAAUGUCUUUUAGACACCAAAAAAAGGUCAUUAGCACAUUCCCACCUUGCUGUCUUUCCUCUUCCCCACUUGUUUCCCACCCCUUCCUUUCCUCCCAUUUGUCACCUUUGUUGCUGUCAGAGCUGUUGCUGUCCAGCUGAAGCAUCUUCAUAGCAGUGUGAAGUAGGAGGUUUUAUAAGUUGUAAAUCAGGAAACUUUGAAAAGCAGAUCAGAAUUCUGUGGCAAGUACAGAGUUGGAUGGAGAAUGUGCUGCUUUUCUUUGAAGCUUUGCCCUGGUUUGAGAUACUCUGCCAAGACAACGAUGCCACUCUGAACUUUUAAUUUCACUGAUGAAAUUUAAGUCAGGACAUUUCACAAUUGGCAGUUCUACCUCUUACGAGUGAAAGCACGGGGUUUUAUACUGGGGCUUAUUUCUCUUCUCUUUGCAUACAUAGUACUGAUAACAAAACAGAGAAGAGGGAGAACUAAUAACUGAAUUCCUACCUUUUUGCUGCCUUCGGUAGCCCCUUGGUGAGCAAACCCUGCACGCUUUGAUGUCCUGCAUGCUCCAGUAUAAAAUCCCCCCCCUGUGCACAGGGGAGACCACACUCUGUGUCUCUGAGCAAACCCAUUCAGGAGCUCAUCCUACUCAGUUCACACCAGGAUUUAAGCACUUGCUUUGAAGUUUGAGCACAGAUGUAUGUUUCACUGACAGACUUCUUCCAUUGGCGUGCAUUUCUUCAAAGUGUGGCCUUUCACUGGCAUUUGUUAAUAUCCCUUUCUUGGUAUAGUAUUUUGUGUGCGUGCACCCCCAUACUCUGGAUGUGCUAAAGACUUUUUACAAACUUUGUAUUGAGCAGGAAUCAGGAUAUGGAAACAAGGAAGUUUCAUGUUUGCUUACUUUAUUGUGCACUGCAGCAUUUAGGGGUCGCAAAUUUAUUCUUCAAUUCUUUCAUUUAAAGCCACCUUGAAAGUUUGUGAUUUUUUGUCUACUUGAAACAAAAGAAGCAAAUUGCAUUCCAGAAUAUGGUGACUGAACUGAAAACCAAAGCAGCUUGCUUUUGUGGUUUCCAUUUCUAUUUUCUUGCAUUUUUCAAUCCAGUUUUGGGCAUUUGUUUUAUUAAUGUUGAGCUGAGCUUACAGUGAGCCUUACUUAAAUGUAAGAUGAAAAGAAGGUAUAUUGCCUCACGCUUUAAAUUCAAUUCUAAGGGCUUGUUCAUGCCCCAGAAAUCACCUCCGCCAGCGUUAAGCAUUGCACAAACUGUGCUGUCAUAAGCAGCUCAGUCCUGAAAUACUUAGGGGUUUCCAAUCUGCAUCAUCUCUCACAUGAUACAGCAUCUGUCUUUUUUUUUUUUUUUAGUAUUGUUAAGACCUUUGCCAGACUUUUUUAUUAUUUCAUUGUAAUAAACUUAUUUUAAAUAA